AUGGAAACUAAAUUCACAUUGCAACUUCUGCAGCCUAGGGAAACUAAAUUUACAUUGCAACUUCUGCCGCCUGGGGAAACUAAAUUUACAUUGCAACUUCUGCUGCCUAGGGAAACUAAAUUUACAUUGCAACUUCUGCCGCCUGGGGAAACUAAAUUUACAUUGCAACUUCUGCCGCCUGGGGAAACUAAAUUUACAUUGCAACUUCUGCCGCCUGGGGAAAUUAAAUUUACAUUGCAACUUCUGCCGCCUGGGGAAACUAAAUUUACAUUGCAACUUCUGCCGCCUGGAGAAACUAAAUUUACAUUGCAACUUCUGUCGCCUGGGGAAACUAAAUUUACAUUGCAACUUCUGCCGCCUAGGGAAACUAAAUUUACAUUGCAACUUCUGCCGCCUGGGGAAACUAAAUUUACAUUGCAACUUCUGCCGCCUAGGGAAACUAAAUUUACAUUGCAACUUCUGCCGCCUAGGGAAACUAAAUUUACAUUGCAACUUCUGCCACCUAGGGAAACUAAAUUUACAUUGCAACUUCUGUCGCCUGGGGAAACUAAAUUUACAUUGCAACUUCUGCCGCCUAGGGAAACUAAAUUUACAUUGCAACUUCUGCCGCCUGGGGAAACUAAAUUUACAUUGCAACUUCUGCCGCCUGGGGAAACUAAAUUUACAUUGUAA